AUGUUCUGCUUUACUUUAGAAAACUCCCAAGCCCACAAAAGCAAAUCUCCAAGGCCUCAAGAAGAUUUUGAAACAGAUGAAAUCGCCGAAGGAGUAUCCGUACAAACAAUGCCUUCGCAUAGAUUUUCCUUUAUGCCAACUAAGCCAUACUUCGCACAAAUAGAGAGCAAAACCGAUGAUAAACUCGAAAUUCUUGAAGCCAAAAUUAAAUCGCUGAAGGAAAAGAAUUUUAUUUUGAAGCAAGACUUACAAAAUGCCAAUUUUCAUAAUCAAGAGCUUCAAGAUAAGCUGAGGCAUUAUGAAACUUCAAACUUUGACCCAACUGCUUAUACCUUGAGGCAGCUAAAUUUCUUGCUUCUCUCUAAAAGGGAAUAUAUCAACUCCUCUUUCCAACAUAAAAUAGAAUACGCUUUCUCAAUAAAAGUGAAGGAACUUGAAGAAGCUAGAGAAAGGGCUCUCUAA